AUGGUGCAAGACCUCAAGAAGCUCAUGCCUCAGGCGAAGGCAUCGAUACACGGCCCCGUCAGCGCCGAAGCGCCCGGCUACCAGAAGGUCGAGGGCGAGACGAUACCGCGCCGGAACGUCAAGACCAAGGGCACCCUGAGGCUCACGCCCGCCAACGGCAUCAACACCCUCUACGACAUCCUGCGGUACUCGUCGGCCAAGUUUGGCAAUGCGAAGUGUGUCGGCUCGCGCAAGGUGGUGCACAUCCACGAGGAGACGAAGAAGAUCAAGAAGAUGAUCGACGGCAAGCAGCAGGAGGUGGACAAGAAGUGGCAGUACUUCGAGCUGAGCCCAUACGAGUUCAAGAGCUUCGUCGAGUUCGAGCACCUCUGUCUCACCGUCGGCUCGGGCCUCAAGAAGCUGGGCUUCGCGCCGCAUGACCGCCUCCAUCUGUUCGCGUCCACCAGCAUGCAAUGGCUGGCAUCUGCUCACGGUGCGCUGUCGCAGUCUCUGGCCAUUGUGACCGCAUACGACACGCUCGGAGAGGAGGGCCUUAAGCACUCCAUGCACCAGACGAAAGCGAAGAUCCUGUUCACAGACCCGCAUCUGCUCCCGAAGCUCGUGAACCCGUUCAAAGAGGCCAAAGAUGUCCAGGUAGUCGUCUACAGCACGAAGGAGGAACAGAAGCAGAAGGAUAUCGAUGCGCUCACGAGCGCGCAUCCCCACUUGAAGGUGAUCAGCUUCGACGAGCUGGUGCAGCUCGGUCGAGACAACCCGGCAGACCCAAUUCCCCCCAAGGCGGAUGACCUUGCCUGCAUCAUGUACACAUCCGGGUCUACGGGAACGCCCAAGGGUGUCCUCAUCAAGCACAGCAAUGUGGUUGCAGCCAUCGCCGGUGUCGACGUCAUUGUAGGCCAAUAUCUCGGACCUGGCGACUCGCUCCUUACCUACCUUCCUGCUGCGCAUAUCCUCGAGUUUGUGUUCGAAAACGCCUGUCUCUACUGGGGCGGCACCAUGGGCUAUGGGACUAUCCGGACGCUUUCUGAUACUUCGGUGCGAAAUUGCAAGGGCGAUAUCAGGGAGCUCAAGCCAACGAUUCUCGUUGGCGUUCCGCAGGUAUGGGAGACCGUCAAGAAGGGCAUUGUCUCCAAGGUCGAGGCUGGCGGUUCGCUCACCAGCAAGCUCUUCUGGGGUGCCAUGGCUGCCAAGGGCUUCCUGCUCGGCAGUGGGCUCCCCGGAAGUGGCAUCCUCGAUACUGUCGUCUUCAACAAGGUCAAGGAUGCUACCGGUGGACGUCUGCGCAUCUGCAUGAACGGUGGUGGUCCCAUCGCCAAGGAGACGCAGCGCUUCAUCUCUCUGGCCAUCACUCCCAUGAUCAGUGGUUACGGUUUGACCGAGACUACUGCGAUGGGCGCCCUUAUGGAUCCUAUGGCUUGGACUGAUUCCGCUCUGGGUGAGAUGCCCGCGUGCAUCGAAAUGAAGCUGGUUGACUUCGCGGAUGCCGGUUACUUCUCCACGAACAACCCACCUCAGGGUGAGAUCUGGAUCCGCGGAGGAGGCGUCACGUCCGGCUAUCUUGACCUCGAAGAGGAGACCAAAGAAGCCUUCACCGAUGACGGCUGGUUUAAGACGGGUGAUGUCGGCGAGUUCGACUCCAAGGGCCAGAUCAAGAUCAUCGACCGCAAGAAGAACUUGGUCAAGACGCUUGCAGGCGAGUACAUUGCACUCGAGAAGCUUGAGUCGAUCUACAGGUCUGCUCCUAUUGUGGCGAACAUCUGCGUGUACGCUGCGCCCGACCAGAUGAAGCCGAUCGCGAUCAUUGUUCCGGCUGAGCCAGCGCUCAAGAAGCUCGCGGAAGAGAAUGGCGUCAAGGGUGACCACUUGGAGGAGCUUGUACACGACGAAAAGCUGAACAACGCUGUAUUGAAGCAGUUGCAGUCUGCUGGCACCAAGGGUGGCCUUGCAAGCUUUGAGAUUAUUGCCGGUGUCGUUCUAGCUGACGAGGAAUGGCUGCCCCAAAACGGAAUGACUACCGCUGCCCAAAAGCUCAACCGAAAAGGCAUCCUGAACAAGUACAAGAAGGAAGUCGACCACGCCUACGGCAAGAUCUAA